AUGGCAAGUAGACCAGAGGACCAGGAAGAUGAAGACGAAGUGGGCAUGAUGAAGACUGUCAAGUACCUUGAAAGUCUGAUCGAGGCUUGCGGGAACAAAGGCAUCCCUCCGAAUCGCAUAGUGCUUGGUGGCUUCAGCCAGGGGUGUGCGAUGAGCCUCUUGGCCGAUCUGAUCAGUCAAAGGUAUAGUGGUAGGUUAGCGGGCAUUGCUGGUGUCAUGGGGUAUCUACCGCUUGCUGGAGGUUUCAGGAUCAACGACUUGCGAGCACAUGCUGGACUGCCUCCUGUCGUGGGUGAGGUGCCGAUGUUUCUGGCUCGUGGCCAGAAGGACCAGAUGAUACCGAAGCGAGUCUGGAACCAGACGUUGAAGAAGUUGGAGGAGCUGGGCGUCAACAAAGAUGCGAAGGAGGUUCAUGAGUAUGAGGGCUUGGGCCAUGCCUUCAGUGGGCCGCUGUUGCGAGAUAUGUGCAUGUGGUUGGAGAGGGUAAUACCAAAGUUAGAAGACUGA